GUUACCGACCAGCAGAACACAACAAUGCCGCGAGUUACACCGCUAUGAGCGUGGGAAACGUCAAAAUAGCCGCACUUUUGUCCGUUUAAUCGCGCGGUACGGCGCGGACUUCCGGUUCGAGACGAACCGUUCAGUUCGAUUAUGUAGUGCAUUGGACAUGAAGACGAUCGAAGGAAAAGUAGUGAUGCUGGGAUCGCAGGCUGUCGGCAAGACGAGCCUGAUCGGACGUUACGUGGGGAACUACGAUCAAGCGGGUCCUACAAUUGGGGCGUCCUUCUUCAACUGCCGGCUCAAUCUGGAGAAUGCAAGGAUUAAGUUGCAAGUAUGGGAUACAGCUGGCCAGGAGAGAUUUCGCUCCAUGGCGCCGAUGUAUUACAGGAACGCCAACGCGGCCAUGCUGGUGUUCGACCUCACGCAGUACAGCACCUUCGCCGCGAUCAAGGGUUGGGUGAAGGAGCUGCGACAGAACGUGGAGGAGACCCUGGUGCUGGCCGUAAUCGGCAACAAGUCCGAUCUGACCACUAAGCGACAGGUCGACGGCGAGGAAGGCCGCAAGUACGCCACGGAGAUUGGCGCUACGUAUCACGAGACCUCGGUGCUGCACAACGAGGGAAUCGAGACCGUUUUCCUGACGAUCGCUAUGGGUCUACUGAACGUGGCGAACAACCAGGACAAUAUGACCACCACUCUCAGAAUCGGCGGAGACGACAUGCCACCAUCGCCUUCCGUCGAGGAGAGCCCGCAGAACACCAGUAUUGCUCACGGUAUAUACGAGAAGCCGUUCACUUGCUGCUAGUUUUAGCUUAGAGAACAUUAAAGGAAGAAGAUUGCACUCUGCUCGAGUGCUUCGUAUCGACGCGCGACCAUCCCCUCGUCGAUCAUUUUCCUUUUCCCCUUGUGCAUAUAUGUGUAUUUUUCCAUCAGAAAUCUCUUGUCCCGGCCAAAUCCUGGUUUUCCGGAUGCAUAUGGUGCAUGCGCGAAACGCAAUGCGAGCAACGAACCGCACUUUCGAGCGGCUUCGGUCCUAUGUUAUUCAAUUAAAUAGGCCAGGCAAUGUUCACGUCGAUUUAUCGCGGGCGUUAAAUCGACGAUAUCAAGCUAUUGUAGAGCUAGAGCUUAAGUAACGUUGAGAAAAGUUACACAAACCGAGCUUUCUGUAGAUGAAUAAUGAUAGUUAUUAUAAGUGUAGAGAAAUGAAGAUUGUAUUUUGUGACAUAUUAAAUUUAUGUGCGAACGGGAUCUCAUAGAACGCGGCACGCUAAUUCGUGUCGAGGUGCUUUACUCAUGACGAGCUACGAACCAGGAAAUUUAGCGGUGUACACGAGAUUAUGAGCUCAACUAUCUGAUGUAAUUCUUGUAUAUUUCCAUCUUCUGAUUAAGUAAAUUUGAUAUAUUUUAUUAUAUGGAAUUUCGACACGUGAGAAAAAAUUCUAUUUGAUAAGAUAUAAUCGUCGAAAUGCGUGAUACUACAUAUUCUGCAGAAUUACUAGAUAAAAUAGAUGAUGCAACCUCGGAAGGGGAGGCAAUUCAGAAGCUAAUGUUCGUAAAUUACUCUUAUUAUUAUUAUUAUUAUUAUAUACUAUUAUUGUAUACAACGCAGUAUUCUCUUGCAUUGGUGCGCAAUUUAUUUAUAAACGAGUAGAAUAGAUUUAUAAUGAUUUUCGCGAAGACUGCUAAACUCUAAGUUCGAACGUAUUUUGGACGGCGAAUCAUUUCCGAGACUUUUAGGAAACAGAUUCUCGAUUCUUCGUCAUUUUUAUUUUUGCAAACGCUGUCAUGCAUAUUCAAACGCGUCUCGUCGAUUAAACCGUAUACAGAGUUUUAUAUUCGACAAAAAUAAAUAUAUUUCUAAUAAAAG